UCGUUGCCGCGGGCCGUGGUGUCGGCCGGCGCUGCUAACGUGUCACUGACUGAGCUCCACUCCCUCCCUCUCACACAGCCAUGGAAGACGAGGAGAGACAGAAGAAAUUGGAGGCCGGCAAAGCCAAGCUUGCCCAAUUUCGACAACGGAAAGCCCAGGUCAACCUUCAUAAUCCGGGAAAAAAACAAAAGAGAAAGAAAAAAGUAGUAAACAAACCGGAGGAGCAGGUGGAGUACGUCACACCUAAACAUCAGCAACAGGAUGCUAAAACUAGGGCAGAGAGUGGUCCACUAGGAGAUGGAGAGUUCAUAAUUAAUAGGAUUUUACACAGUGGAGAUGUAAUCAAACAGGACCAGACCUAUAUGUUUGAGCCAGAAAGUGAAGUGUCUACCACAGCUGAUGACUAUACAUCAGAGGCAAAUGGUUGUUGUACAGUGCAACAAGAAACUGUAUUUAAAGCAGAAGAUAUGAUGAGGGAAGAGGAUUUUAGCGUAUCAAGAACUUGUUCUGAAAAUGAUGCGCAGCCCUUUCAGACAAGACUUGAAAUAAUGGAGGAAGAUUUAACUGCAAAGCAACAAGAGAUUGAAGAGCUGAACAGAGAGCUGGAAGAGCUGAGAGGGGUUUUCGGUAAAGAAGGUUUCCAGCAGCUACAGGACUUUGAAGCUGCAGUCAAGCAGAGAGAUGGUAUUAUUACGCAGCUUACUGCUAAUCUACAGCAAGCUAGGAAAGAAAAGGAUGAGAUUCUUCAAGAAUUUUUGGAUUUAACAGAGCAAAGUCAAAAACUACAAAUUCAGUUUCAACAGUUGCAAGCUAGUGAAGCUAUGAGAAGUACGAACCAUGGUACUACAGCAGCUGACUUGAUGCAUUCGAAGCAGCAGCUCAUCACAUAUCAGUUGCAGAUUGAUGAGCAGGAACAACAGUUGAGAGCCUUCCAGAAAAUGAAUGAUAAGUGUCAAGAACAAAUAGAAUAUCUACAGAAUCAACUUCAAGAUUACGCAGUGCAGAUGGACAAUGAAAAGACUGAUAAUACAUUGAAGUUGAAUAGCAAAGACCAACUAAUUGAACAACUUGAAAAAACAGUUAAAGAACAUGAAAAUGCUACAUUAUUCUUCAAAGAUAAGAUGCUUGCUUCUGAUAAAUUAGUUCAAGAUUUAAAUGAACAAAUAUUGCAAAAGAAUCAAGAGGCUGAGAACCUGAGAACAGAAUUGACAAGCUCAAAGCAAAGGGAGAACCAGUCAUCAGAUGAAAUAAAACAGUUAAUGGGUACUGUAGAAGCACUUCAGAAACGUUGUCACAUGGGCAAUUUGUCUGAAUUAGAAGCAAUACAAAGAAUUGAAGUAGAAGGUCAUCGAAAAAUGGAGCAACUUCAAGCAGAAUUGGAUGAGAUGUAUGGUAAACAGAUUGUGCAGAUGAAACAAGAAUUGCAGCAGCAGCAUACUUCAGAGAUUAGGAAACUUACCGAACAACAUAAAACUGAAAUGGAAACAGCAUUGGGUCGUUCUGUUAAUAAUUUAGUCAAUGAGGAACAAAUUGAUGUGUUAAAUGUGGCAAUCAAUGAAUUAAAUGCCAAGUUAAGAGAGUCUCAUUUUCUGAGAGAUCAAAUAAGGCAAGAACUGACACAACAGCUGGAAAGAACUUCUGAAGAAAACAUACAGCUACAGAACCAAGUUCAAGAACUCUUAGAAGAGCUCAACUUCACAAAAGAUCAAAUUCGGAGAGCCUCAGAAAGCAUUGCUGAUCAGAAAUGCAAAGCACGUGAAGUGGAAGAACUGAAAGACAUGGUUGAACAAUUGAAAGCCGAACUAUUAGCUACUUCAGAGUCUAAUAAAGAGCUGGAAUCUGAGCACGAGGCAGAAAUUACCAAUUAUAAAAUUAAGCUCGACAUGCUGGAGAGAGAAAAAGAUGAAGUCUUGGACAGAAUGGCUGAAUCUCAGGAAGCUGAAUUGGAAAGAGUAAGGACUCAACUUCUGUUUAGUCAUGAGGAAGAGCUAAGCAAACUAAAGGAAGACCUAGAAAGGGAGCAUAAAUUAAACAUUUGUAAUCUUCAAGAAGAUUUGGCCAUGAAACAGAGUCAGCAAUUAGAAAACUUGCAAACAGAAUUUAGAAAAGAAAUGGAAGAAAUGAAAUGUGAAAGGGAUAAUGUUGUAAUUAAAAAUAAUCAACUAUUAUCUGAGAUUGCUAUAUUGAAAGAGGAACUGCAGAUGUCAAUUAAAAAUGAUAAACUGGAAGCAACACAUUUACGGAUACUUGAACUUGAAACAGAAAUUGAAGCACUAAGAGAAGUUGAGAAAGAAAAGAGUAUGCUAGAAAAGGGAAUACUGGAGCUACAAGUCAGGAAUAAAGUUUUGGAGGAACAGCUCACUGAUCAAGAAGGUGUGCAGGUGAAAAUCACUACUCUUCAAAAGGAAAAUGAAGGUCUUAAAGAAAUCAAAAAACAACUGGAAGAAAAGUUGAAAAUUCAUUUUGUAUCUGAAGAAAGUAAUUUGGCAUCAGUUGGUGACGAUGGUCUUUCAGAAAUGAAAGAACAGAUCAAAAGGCUUACAGCAGUUAAUGGGCAACUCGAAGCCCGGGAAAGAGCGCUUUGUGAGGAGGUUGAGAGACAAAGGAACACCUUUUCUUUUGCUGAGAAAAAUUUUGAAGUUAACUUUCAAGAAUUACGUGAUGAGUAUGAUUGUCUAUUGAAAAUGAAGUCACACACAGAAGAAAGGAUGUUUAAGCAAGAAGCUGAAUAUGAAGCUAAAUUAAACGUCUUAAAUGAACAGCUCCAACUGUUAAAGUCAGACACGGAAAAUUGCACAGUGAAAAAUGAAGUGCAGCUAGACAAAACACUCGAUAGUUCCAGUACCCAACUGAUAGAAGUUAUUGAAAAAGAUGCAACUGAACUAAUGGAGAAACUUGAGAUAGCUCAACAGGAUAAGCAUGAGCUUUCAAAGAGACUGACCGAUCUUUCAGAGGUUUUGAUUUUGAGACAGAAUGAAAUUUUACAUUUGAAAGAGGAACUAACAUUUCUAAAAGAGCAAGCCAAAGAAAGGUGUGAGGAAACUGCCAGAAUUGAAAGUCAAAAAGUACCAGAUGUUGAAGUAGAGACCCAAGAACACAAGCAAAUGUCCCAAACAAAUUUAAUAAAAGCAAAGAAUGAAUAUCAGUCUAAAGAACCAUCUUUUAUUGUUUCUGGUGAUUUAAAAGAAUGUGAGCAACAUAAAGAAGAUCUAUUCGAACAAUUGAUUUCACUGCAAAAUUCGAUGAAGAUUCUUGUUUCAGAAAGAGAUGAGCUGAAACAAAAUCAGAUUAACUUUAUUCAAGAAAAAGAGUCUUUACUAAUCCAAAUUAAGCACUUAGAGGAGAAAUUGGCAUCUGAGUCCUUAGGCAAUCCACAGACUGAAAUGGACCAUCUUAGGCGUCAGCUGGAGUCAGCUCGAAAUGAGCAGUUGGGAUUGGCUGAACUUGUACAGCAGAAAAUGUUGCUGGAAGAAACCUUUCUCAAAGAAAGAGAGGAGAUGAAAAAUGCUCUAAUUAUAACUCAGCAGGAGAAGUUAGAACUGGAGAAGAAGAUUGAAGCACAAAUUGGAGUUUCUACUUAUGAACAGCAUACUAAAUUGGAGGAGAAUCAGGCAAAAGACAUGGAACACAAAGUUCAGGCAUAUACUGCUUUUGAUCAAGGUUACAAGAUACAACUGGAACAAAUUAAACUGCAGGCAGAGGCAGAGUUAAAACUACAGUUGGAGGCUCAGCGCAUUAGUCUUGCACAGGUUUAUGCUGCUCAACUGAAGCUUGUACAGGACAGUUUGAAAAAUGAAAAAGAAAUUGCUCUUGCAAGACUUCGAGAGAAGCUCACAGCCUGUCACUCUUCAGAAAUAAGGCAGCUUCAAGCAUUAUCCCAGCAGGAAUUACAGCACCUCAAAGAAUCGCAUCAAGACUUUGAAGAAUCUUCACAAGCUUUGAUGGAGAGGCUCAACAAGAAGAUUUCAGAUGAAUGCAUGCAACUCACCCAGUUAUUUCCCAGUGUACUGAUUGAAAGUAAUUUAAUAGAAAAAAAAGAACAUCAGGAUCGGUCUGAGAAAUGUUUAAUUUUGGGAAAUAAAGACUAUCUUGAUGAGGGAACCCAAGUGCAGAAGGACCUCCUGGAAGGAGCAAGAGCACUGCAAAAAAAUUUACAGGUGCUGCAAAGGAAACUACAUGAGGAAUACAAUCAACUGAGAGUUCUCCAAACGCAAUUAACUAAUGAUUUCAAAAAGAUUGAAGAACUCCAGACUACUUACGUAAAUUUGCAAUUUCAAAGUCAAGAAGAAAAUGCUAGUUUACGAAUGCAAAUAGAAAGUCCAUGUGCUAGUUCCCAAGACCUUAAUGACCUUAAGGAGCAGUCACUGGUCCAAUCAGCUCAAUUUGAAGAUAUUGAAAAGCUAAAGCUGGAAUUUUGCCAACAGACGGUUGAGUUAGAGAACCAACAUGUAGAAGAAAUAAAUGAUCUGAGGACUUCUCAUGACCAACAAUGCAAGGAAAUGGAGAAGUAUAUAGCAGAGGUCUUCUCUCCACAGGAAAACCUACAGAACUUAACUAGCUUACUUUCCCAAUGCAGAUCUGAAGUAAUUGUCCAUGAUGAACAAUUAGCUGGAAAUUGCACUGAUGAUGUUGACCAACAAAACGUCAUGGCAUUUAAGGAUGAGGCAAAGUUCAGUGGCACUCAAGGGAAACAAUGGAACGUGAAACAGCUUGGACUUUCACAACAGCUACAAUAUUUUGGGAAAAGUAUGUGUGCCAAGAAUCAAGAGGAAAUUGAUUUGAAGGAACAACAUAAUGACAAACCAGAGCAUAUGGAAACUGAAAUAAGAACACAGUACAAUCAACAGGUGGAAAUAUUUGGAGAGGAACCUACCCAGUAUGCUGGGGGAGAUCCCACUUUGAGGGCCCUGGAUGAAGUUACUCUUACAGAUGUAUUACACGAGAAUGAAGGGCAAAAGAGUGAAUCUAGUCAAGUUAUACAUCUUCUAAAGAAACAAUAUGAAGAUCGCGUGCAGGAAGAAAUUGCAAAGGUAAUCGUACACAUGUCUGUACGGUUUGCUCAAAAGUCAGAGAUGGCUAGGAUGACAAGGGACCUGCAAGAAAAGCCUAAUCCAUGUCAAAUAAGUGGAGAAUUGGAGAAUGAAGUGGAGCAGAGGUUGAGUACUAUGAAGCAAGAUCUCCAGGUUCAAUUUGAUGCAGACAGAAAAAGAUUAGAAAAUCUGUUUUCAGAAGAAAAAGAGAAACUUCAGAAUUCCUUGAAACAGAAGGAUGCUGAAAUUCAAGCUAUGCAAAGACGAUUGGAGAAUUACAAGACAGAAUAUAAAUUGGAAAAUGAUGGUAUAGUUACAGAUGUGCCUUUGCAGGAAGAAGUGUUGAAAGCUAACCAGCAAUUGUUCAAAGAUUCUUAUGUUCAAGAACAUUCAAGUCUGAAUUUGAAGGAAACUAGUAAUGAAAGUAAAGUAGAAACUACUGAAUUGGAGAUGCAUGAAGUUGUACAGGAGAGACUAGAGGACUUGAGGCAGGACCUUGUUCGACAAGAACAGGAACAUCAGCAAUCAGUUGAAACUUUACGACAAUUUCACGCACUACAGCUAGAACGACUGCAUGACGAACAAGAGCAACUGUUGGCUGAGGUGAAAAAACUGAGGGAGCAACUUGCAGAGAAUGGUUCUGUUUAUAAUGAGAAACUGACGUUAGAAAAUGAAAGAAUGUUUGCAGAACUGGAAAAGCUUAAAAGUCUUAAUGCAACUGGAAAAGAAGGACGGUCUCUGGGAAUCCACAACAGUACACAAACAGAGACGAAUGAAACAGAAAACCAGUACAAAUCUAACGGACAUCCUCGUGACCUAAAAAGCAUACAAACAAGUGAAGAAAAAUCUGAAGAAGCAGAUGAAAAUGCCCUCACAAAACAAAGAAAUAGUUUAAAAAAUACCAAUGAGAGACUCUUGAAAGUGUUGUCAGAAGUGGUUAAGACUACAGCGGCUGCAGAAGAAACCAUAAAUAGGCAUGUUUCAGCUUUUGUGGAGAGAUCCAUUAAGGGACAGUCUUCUGUGAGAACACCUUUGUGGGAGCAAGACACACAAGAAUCCAUUGAAGCACUGCAGUCUUUCAGAUUCCAGAACCUUGGAACUGUAGAAGAAGAGCAGGUAUAUUCCUAUCAUGGAUAUGAUACAGGAGGGGAUGAUGAUAGUACCUGGCCAGGAGGAAUGACUGCUGCUGCACAUGAAAGUCUGGAGCUGUCUCACCGUUUCACAGAGAGCAUUUUCUCUAGUGGAGAACUGGAUCCUGAGACUGAAGAACUUGUACUAAAUGUGGGACCCCGUCUGCAAGCAGCUUUAGAAAAGUUGCUGGAAGCUAUCACUGAAACUACCCAUCAGCUUGAUCAUGCCAGGGUCACUCAGACGGACCUCAUGCGAAAAUCUGUCAGAAGAAAAACUGAGAUUGAUGAUUUACAUAAACGCCAAGACGAACUACUUGAGAGAAUUAAUGAAGAGCAGAAGGCUAGGGAGCAGUUGGCAUUGGAACUUCAUAAAGCAGAAGGCAUCAUUGAUGGUUACACAGAGGAGAAAGCUAGCCUAGAAAAGCAAAUUCGGGAGAAAACUGAGACCCAGAAUCAGAUUGCACAGGAACUCCAGCAUACAAGUAGCCGUCUCCAUGAGCUAGAAGAGGAGCGACAACAAGUUCAUCAAGAGAAGGAAUUAAUCACGAGACAACAGGUUGCAAUGAAAGAAAAUGCAGGAACUGUGGAGCUCCGCCUAGUUGAAGCUGCAGAUGCAGCACCAGAAGCAGAUCUAUUGGAGGAGACAGAAAAACUUAUGAAGGAGAAACAGGAAGUGCAGCGUCAAGCAGAGAAAGAACAAAAUGACUUGACCAAACAGGUGAAAACGCUGGAAAGUGAAUUAGAGGAGCAGAUGAAUACAAUGAUAGAGAUGGAACAGGAAAAGAAUGCUGAGAUUCUGGACCUCCAGCAGCAAAUUGUAGCCCUGGAAAAACAACUGGAGAAAAACAGAAAAUUCUUGGAUGAACAGGCAGUAGACCGUGAGCAGGAGAGAGACGUGUUUCAGCAAGAGAUACUUAAAUUAGAGCAACAACUGAAAACUCCACAGAGGGUCCAGCCUAUCACUGAUCAAAGAAGUAGAGAGAUGGAAAAUCUUGCAGAUCAAUUGAAAGAUAAGACUGACCAAUGUAGUGAACUUCUGCUUGCCAAAGAACAACUUCAGAGAGAUGUACAAGAACGAAAUGAAGAAAUUGAAAAAAUGGAAAACCGAGUUAGAGAACUGGAACAUGCAUUGAUCUGUACCACUUAUCCUUUGGAAAAGGAGAAUGAAGAAAGAAAUUCACAGGUUGCCUUAGAAAUCCAAGCAGAUAAUACGCUUCAGAUACAGCUGCAAGCAGAGCGUGAUGCUUUAGAGCGAAAGGAGAAGGAGAUUGCAAACCUGGAAGAACAGUUGGAGCAGUUUAGGGAAGAGCUAUUAAACAAGAAUGAAGAAGUUCAGCAGUUGCUUAUGCAGUUAGAAAUUCAGAAGAAAGAAGCUGCCACCCAGUUGCAAGAAAUUCAACAUGAAAACAAGCGACUUGAGGAUGAGGUGGACAACUUGCAAUCAUCUGGCGACCAUUGCUUAUUUGUCGGGAAUUUGACUCAAAGCCUAAAGGAAAGAGAUCAAGAAAUAGAAAAACUCAGUGAACAAAUUAUAAAGUUGGAACAACAACUUGAACUCCCUUCUGACAAGAAGAUGACUCAGAAAAAGAAUGAAGAACUGCAAGCCCAAGUAGAAUUCCUAAAAUGUGAUCAACAACGCCUGAAAAAGUGUCAUGAGGAAGAGGUUGAACAGUUAAGUGAAGUAAUAGAAAAGUUGCAGCUGGAACUGACAAAAGUAACACCAUUGGAAUUAGUUCCUUCUGAAGAUGCUGAAAAUUUGAAACUUCAGCUUGAUAAGGUGACAGAAGAAAAGGAGCUGCUGCAGCAACAAAUGGAGACGCUAAAUGAAAAGUUAAUACUGUCACAGCAGAAACUGGAACAAAACAGAAUGUUGCAAUCUCAGGGAUUAGAAUUGAUAAAACCCCAAGCAGAGAAAGAGGAUACUUUUCCUGACCAUGUCCAAGAUCCUAUCAGUAGUGGGGAAUUCCGAAAUCAGGAGUUACAGGCAACCAUUGAAAAGAAAGAGAAAGAGUUAGAUUCAUGUUACCUUCAAAUACAAAGCUUAAAGGAUCAAGCCCACAUGAAAACUAAAGAACAUGAAAACCAAGUACUCACUCUGGAAGAGACUGUCAGGGAAAAAGUAGCAACAAUUCUAGUGAGCCAAGCACAGUUAAAGGCAGUGCAACAGCAAAUAAGGAUACAUGUUGAACAGCAAAGAGGUCACAUUAAAGAAACAGAAACUGUUUCAAUUGGACUGAAGGAAACACCUUCAGAGCAACCAGAGAGAAGAGAAAAACCACAGACAUGGCCAGUAGAAUCCAAAGAUACCAACCAAAGAAUUCUAGAGAAACAAGACAUGAUAAAUAUUGAGGACCAAUCUGAAGAAUUAAUCAGGUUAAGAGAGCAGUUAACUGAGGUGCAGCAGCAGUUAAUUGAUCUCCAAAAAGAACUUGAAUUGGAAAGGAAAGUGCUUUCAAUUACUCGAAAAGAAGCCAGAGAAAAAGAAGAGAAAUUAAUUGAGUUGCAUCAAAUGUUAGAAGGGAAGAAAGAACAAACAAAAGAACAAGACAGUGGAGGACAGAUUUCAGCAUCAUUAAUUGCAGAUAAAAAGCAAGUUUCGUGUUUAUUAACUCCUGUUCAACAAAGUACUACCUCAGUAACCAACUUGGUUUCGGAACUGGAGCAGGUCAAAGCUGAAGCUGAAGUUGCUAAAGAACAAUUAAAUAACUACAAAACCCAGACUGAGAAACUCCAAGAAGAUUUGCAGGCAAAAGCACUAGCUAUAAUAAAUCUUCAGGAAAACCUCAACAUUGCAAAGGAAGCCUUGCGCAAAGAGAAAGGUACCCAAUUGGAAUAUGAAGAUCAAACUCCUCAGAAAUGCGCUACCAAAGAAAGACCAAUAAAAAGCCUGGUAGACUCCACAGCCCAAAGCAAAACAUUGAUUUCUGAUACUAAUGCGGCAACAUUGACCACAAAUGCAGAAGAACAAACUAAUUUUCAACCUUCAUGUGUUAGUUCUUUCAACAAAGUUACAAAAGUGAGUCAAAACUCUGAAGAACUUAAUCAACUACAAGAACUUCAUGAUGUAGAAAUAGCCAAACUGGAAGCUAAAUAUUCUGCUGAAAUAGAAGCCUUGAUAAGGGACCACACAACACAAAUGAAUACACUGAGAGAAGAAUAUGAAUCUCUCAAAACAAGAAUUAAUAACUCACGACUGUCUGAUCUUGGUCAAGCAGAACCAUCAAUCUCAUUACAACUCAGGGAUAACAGUGUCAGUGAUUGCCAGUCUGGGAGUCCAAGAACUUUUGACAUUCCUCCUGAAAGACAGGAAUGCGGAAAUAUGUCUACAGAAAAUAGAAAAGUAAACCAUGUAUCUCAUACAACACUUAGGGAAGGUACAGAGAAUCUUCCUGAUAAAAUAAAGUCUUUACUUCAUGAGGUACAUCAAGAGGGUAUACAGGUAUUGACCCUUUCAAAAUCCCCCUACUUUGAAGGACAGCCACCGCCUCUGGAAAGUCACUCGGGCAGUUGGUUUCAGGAAAGAUGGGAACUUUUGAAUAUGGUACAGUCACUUAAAGAUGUACUUGCCAAUGUUCAGUGCACUGGAGAAACCAAGACUUUAUCUCCUGAAAACAUCACAGACUGGCGGCGUGAACUUCUCCAAGCUGUUCAACAUGCUUUCAGUAAAGAGCGAGAUGUUUUAAUGGUUGCUCUUCGUGCACAAGCUUCAUCGUUGAAUAGUAUGGAUGCGGUGACAUUAUUAAACUUACUAAAAGAGCAGGAAACACAGAGGAGUGCCGAUAUGGAGCAUCUGAUGACUGCAGAUAGGAAUAGUAUGAUGAUGGAGAUACGUGAACUGUGGUCAUAUCUGCAAAGGAUCCAAGAGGGUGACAAGAUGCCCAUAACUGUACAAGAACAAAUUGCACACGGAAGUGAAGUGGAACUACUGGGAAAAAAUUUGCAAGCAAAGGAGGCUCGAGUUCUCGAGUUACAGAUGGAAUUGAAUACGGUAAAGGAAAGGGGAGCUGAACUCCAAGACCAACUGAAUUUGGAGAAGAUAGUAGUGGCAGAGAUGAAAAAUGAGCUUUCUCAAACUAAAUUGGAGCUUGAAACAACACUCAGGACACAACAUAAGCACUUGAAAGAUUUAGAGAUGCUAAGAGUCGAAUUAACUGAUAAGGCAGCUGAAGUCGAUAUGUUAAGUGAUGUGCUGGCAAAUGAACAGAAGAAGACAAGGGAACUGCAGUGGGCGUUGGAAAAAGAACAGUGUAAGGUAAACAGAAAAGAAGAACAAGACCGAGAAGAGUUGGAGGACCUGAAAUUUGCACUUGAGGAUCAAAAGAAAAGAUAUUUGCACUUGGAAUGUACUUUGGAAAAUGAAAGGGUGACAAUAAAUGACCUGAGACAGAGUCUUGAUUCUGAAAAAGCCCUACAUGAAACUGAAUUAUCCCAUGAGAAGAACCGCAUCAAUGAGCUCCAAAUUGCCUUAGAUGCUGAAAAAGUUAGAUCUUACGAAUUAAACAAUGCACUAGAACGAGAACGGGAGAUCUCAAAGCUGCUUCCACACGCAAAGGAGAAACAGGAAGGAAUGGUGAAGACAGCUGAGAUGAAAUCUGAAAUGCUAAUGGGGGAGCUGCAAAGACAACUAGAGGAUCAGCACAAUCGUAUAGUAGAAUUGGUGAGUGAAAUGGAAAAGUAUAAACUUGAGUCAGUUCAAUUAAGGCAACACCUUGAGGGACAGCAGCAGAUUCAUAGGAAGUCCCUGUUAAAGGAGCAAGAAUCGCAUAAACAGAUCCUGGAAAAAGUAGAUUCCUUGCAGCUGCAAGCAAAAGAACUAAUGGACCAGCUGGAAAAAGAAAAACAUGAAGUUUUAAAGUUGCAAAGAGAGAAGGAAAACUUGAAAGAAACUGUUCAGGCAUUGCAGGAAGUUAAACAAGUGAGAAGUGAAGAAGAGGCAGAAAAUCAGUUGGACUCAGAUGUAGCUGUCACUGUAAAGAUUCCUCAAACAAAGAAUACUUGCAACAUUGGGCUUUCAACUGACAGAACGAGAAACUGGAUUAUGCACCAAAAGUUGGCAGCAACAGAGAACGGAAAGGAUGCCUCCAUUUUUAACGAGCAGUGGUAUACUGAGUCAGUAAAUGGCACUGAAAUUAAUGGAGGAGGCAGUGCAUCUGGAGCAAAUGUUAACGUGGAAUGCAUCAGACAGAAGAUGCAGCUGAUUAUUUCCAAACUUAGAAUGAUGGCCAACAAAGUUACUACUAGGAUGCAGCACAGCAGUGAAACCACAGAUGACGAUGACCUGAUCUGGUUACAGAAUAACAUUCAGGACAUUGCAUUGCAGCUACAGCAGUUGCAAAUCCCUGUACCAGAGAAUAUAAUUCCCUCUAGUGGAUCAACAGCCGCUCUCACUGAGCAGCUUCUGAAGCAAAAUGCCGACCUGACCAGCUUUGUCAGCAGACUCACUGAAGAAAAGAAUGACCUGCACAACAGUCUAUUGAAAUUACAGGAGGAGGUUCGAAAAUACCGUCAGCGAAGUUGGAGUAGUGAUCAGUUAUCAAGAAGGCCAGUGGAUAAUCAAGACUGUGUUGAUGCCCUAAUAAGAUCAGAGAGAACAGUUUGGGCUAGAGAAAAAUCUAAGCUACAGAAGGCCUUAAAGCUGGCACAGGCAGAACUAUCUAAAAUGAAGGCAGAAGCCAGAAGUGAUUCUUUACACGCAGAGUUGCUUGGAUCAAUUUCUGAAACUGUUGCUGUAAAGAGAAUUUACGGCAAGUAUCUGCGGGCGGAAGGGUUCCGAAAAGCUCUAAUUUAUCAAAAGAAAUAUUUGUUACUCCUCCUCGGCGGAUUUCAAGAAUGUGAGCAAGCAACACUUUCGUUUAUAGCUCGAUUGGGAGGUCACCCAUCUUGUACCGAUUUACAGGUUAUUACCCGUCGUUCCAGAGGUUUUACCAGAUUCCGCUCGGUGGUUAGGGUUUCCAUAGCAGUCUCAAGGUUGCGAUUUUUGGUCCGCAGAUGGUUUCGAGUUGCUGGAUCAAGCGGUUUGACUGGUAAUCGGAAUGGUCACGAUCAGGUGUCAGCUAAUGAACCAAGAGCAGAUUCUCCUUUCCUGCAUUCUGGGAGCAUAUCUUUGGAAUCAAGCCUGUCAAAAGAAUUGUUUGGAGAACAUAGACACAGCACAAGUAGGCAAAGGUCUGGUCAAGAAUCUCCAAGAUCAAUUACAAAUUCUCAAUCCAGGUAUCAAUCAAGCCUACUUGAUUCUAAUCCAAGUUCUUUGGUAUCUUCACACCUGCAAAAUUAUGACCCUGACAGAGCUUUGACUGAUUAUAUUAAUAGAUUAGAAGCGUUGCAGAGACGACUGGGGAGUGUGCAAUCAGGUUCAACAACUUAUGCUCAGAUGUACUGUGGAACCAGAAGAUAGAGUCUUGGAAGUAGAUUUUGACUUGAAACUGAAUUGCUGUUGAAGCUGAGCUUUGUUUUUCUAUUUUAUGUAUAUUGUGGGACCAUCAUGGAUUUAAUAAUGAAAAUGUCUCUUGCCUGCAAGUCCAAACAAAAUAACUUAAAUGAGUUUUAUCCUUUAUAUAAGUUUAAGCUUCCAGUGUGCACAAUACAAUCUGUCUAAACAAUUUGUGUAUAUUUGUGGAAUGCUAAUUUAAAAAUAAUGAUAAUUUAAUACUGUUUAUUUAAAGGGUGAAAGGAAAAAUGUUUAUUAAAUGGUUUCAAGUGCACUGCAGUCCCUCUAAUGACUGCUGAGCUUUUACACUACAUGAUCCAUAAAUAACUAUGGCAUUGUGGACAGUACACAGUUUGUAGAGGAAUUAUUUUUGUAAUGGUAGAAGUUUUGAAUUAUAUGGGCAUUUUGUCAAAGUACUACAAUAAAUAUGAAUUAAAAAUUAAAAUUUUUGAAACUUGCCAUUUUCUCUGUGAAGUACAUGUAUGAAGAUAAAGUUAAAACUCUCUAGGUGGGCUAAUUCCUUAAGAUUUGCUCUUUCAACAAGUUUAAAAAAGACUCUUUUUGUAGUAGUAUGCACUAUCUCUUGCAAACUGGAAUUUGAUACAUUAGACCCUGAAAUUGGAUUCAAAAUGUUCCAAUAAUCUAACCUGCUGUAACGGUGGCAAAUUUCUGCAUUUGUGUUUUCCCAUUCUUUUAGUAAGAUCUUUUACUUGUAAUGUGGGCAACAAAUAGAAGUAAUCCUAGGGCCGUUGCCACUUCCAUGUGUCUGAGGUUGUGUCUAAUUGAAUUUUCUUCUCUUUCAAUAUGAUAAUCUUUCAAUAUGAAAUGUAAAAAUGUGGUCCAUUCUCCUUCAGGUCACUCCUUCCCACAAAUAACCAUGUCUAGCUUGUACCUUUGUGAAUGUAAUCCAAAUCGUUUAAUUCUUGAGGGAUGCAGAUAACAGCUGAUAAGAUUUCGAACAGUUAUCUGAAAUUUCUCUUAAUUCAGAUUAAUUUAACGAAACCUCCGGGGAGGUAGUCUUAACAUCACAUUCUGCCUUAUCGAACACAAAUAGAAUUUCAUAAAUUAUAUCAUCAUUUCAAAGCUGAAAUUGAAGUUCCAGCGUAUUUGUUAAACAAUUUCUAUAUGUAGCCUUAAAACAGUUAAUGCUGCCUUUAACUACAUUUUUCCAACCUAUUGGAAGGAGUGAAUUCAUCAAACACUUUCAAAUCUUAUAUUCUUGCUCUUUUCUUAAAAAAAAACCUUCAUUGCACUAAAAGAUCUACUCAGGAAAAGCAGUGUUAAAAUUUUAUUCUAAUAUGAAUUAGCUGUACUGAGGUUUGCCAGGUUUAUACAAAUAUGCUGUAGUACUGGAAGUCACAAAUAACCUCCCACCAUACAAAUUACUUGGGGUUUUCAGUAUUUAAAAUACCAAAUCAACUUUCCCGGUGGUUUAAAGCUGAGUAUUGCAGAUGAAUAUGUCCCAGUUUUUCCUACUUUCUGGGCAGCUGCUGGGACCUUGACUAAGGGAGGAUUUUAGUCCAUUAAAUUCUUUAAAUAUAUCCUCAUAAUUUUGCUGAACUCUGUCAAAUGCAUCAACUGGGUUUCUAAAGUUGGAGCAACUGAAAUUAAAAUGUGCCCAUUUUUGCAAUUAGAUUUAAAUGAGCAUGGUCAAAUAUUGCCAGUAUUUUCCACUACUUCGUUAGUCUUAUUGAUGAUUAUUUAUCUGAAGCUGGGUUAACUGGCUUAUUUUAGUGAAUGUUAAAGAAUCCAACUGAAAUGAGCAGCAAUCUGACUGUGAAUUUAAACCAAGAUAUCAUCUGCUUAUUUAGAUGGUCAAGCAGCCCAAAAAGAAGAAUAAUGUUUCCUGUUACCCUGGCCAAUGUUUGUUCAUAAAUGCCACCAGGACACAUGAUUAUUCAUCUCGUUGUUUGCCUGUUAAGUGGCUGAACUACAAAAGUAAUGUUUCAAAAUAGCAUCUGUGUAUUGUAUGCCAGUUUCAUAUUUCCUGUAACAAUGCAUGUUGCUUUACAUUUAUCUACAUUAAACUUUGUUAUUCCUUAACUUAACUUAUCUAUUUAAUUUGUGCAACUAACUUUGAAUGCCGUCACUCUGCUGCAGCGUUUGGCCAAAUGGCUUGGCAUUUGUAAAAAUGUUUUUAUUGGAACAAAAGCAAAAUACUACAGAUGUUGUAAAUAUGAAAUAAAACUGAAAAUGCAGGUAACA